UUGCAUUGCAUGUUUGUGUCAUGCUAGUUUCCAUCUCUCUCACUCGUUUGCUCGCUCGCUUCGAAGAAUUUUCUUCUUCUUCUUCUUCCAUCUUUUGGGCUGGAAAUGAUUGUUUGCAUCCGGUACAGCCGCGGGGAUCCUACUGAAACUCCUGCUCGAAGUUUUUCUCUCUUCUAUAACGCCCACUUGAGAUUCAAACACAAACCCGGGCAGUUCUCUCGUACUUUUCCAUUUUCUUCUGUGAAUCCCGGGAAGAAGGAAUCCUUGCUGCUCUGCUUCGCUGCCAAUGCGCUUGAAAGAAAGAUGCUAGCACCAGCGGCAGUGGUAGCAGUAGUAGCAAGGAUCUCUCUUGUCCUCCUCCAAAGCUCGCAGUCUUGAGAACUUGUUUGCUCCUCGUAGACAUUAUAGAGUUUCUCGUCGAAAAGCUUACGAUUUUUCGGGUGUUUUGUUUCUUGGCGAUGCCAGAUCGAUCGAUCGGAAUGGCCGCAGCAGCAGCAGCAGCGGUGGAGGAGAAGAAGUUUAGCAGCGAUGAAUUCGUGGAGCCCGACGACUUGGUUUCGAACAAUGCCACCGACGUGUGGAACAGACCGUCGAGGAAAUCGACAAGCGGGAACUGGAAAGCCUGUUGGCUCAUCUUCGGUUGCGAGGUGUGUGAGCGAGUUGCGUACUACGCCAUCUCUUCCAACUUGGCCAACUAUCUCUUUCAGCAGCUCCACGAGAAUCGAGCAGACGCUGCCACCAACGUGAACAAUUGGAGCGGAACUCUCUUCCUGACGCCACUCCUGGGAGCGUUUCUCGGCGACGCUUUCCUCGGCCGAUACCUCACCCUGUCCAUCUUCCUCUGCAUCUAUCUCAUGGCUCUGGUUCUCGUCACCAUGUCCGUCAGCGUCCCGGGCAUCAAGGCCGAGCAAAACCAGCCCGUGAGCUCCAUCCAGUCGGGAUUCUUCUACUUUGCGCUCUAUCUCAUGGCGCUGGGCGCCGGCGGGAUCAAACCCAACGUCACCUCCUUCGCGGGGGACCAAUUCGACGAGGAAGACCCGCAGGAAUCUAAGCGCAAAAUGUCCUUCCUCAACUGGUGGUUCGUGAGCAUCAGCUCGGGGAACUUGUUCUCGGUCAGUGUCCUCGUCUACAUCCAGGUGACUUACGGAUGGACGUGGGGAUGGGGCGGCGCCGCUGCUGUCGUCGCCCUCGCCACCCUCCUCUUCUUCUCCGGGAGAUCAAACUAUCGCACCCAAAAGCCCGCUGGAAGUCCCUUCACCCGCGUCGCCCAGGUCCUGGUGGCGGCCACCAGGAAGUGGAAUGCGAGCGUUCCAGACGACGAUGAGAAGCUGUACGAGCUGAGCGACAAGGAGGCGCAGUUCCCACACAUCCGGAAGCUCCCCAGGAGCAAAGAAUUCACAUUCCUGGACAAGGCGGCGGUGGUGAGCGAGAAGGAUCUGCAGAGCAAGGAAGUGAAGCCGUGGAGCCUGUGCCCAGUGACCCAAGUCGAGGAAGUGAAGCUCCUGGUGCGAGUGAUGCCCAUCUGGUUCACGAACCUCAUCUUUAGCAGCGUCUUCGCCCAGGUGGGCACCUUCUUCCUCAACCAGGGCGACACCAUGGAGCGGCAUUUGGGGCGAUUCCAGAUCCCUGCCGCCUCCUUCCCGCUCUUCAUCACCCUCACCAUUUGUAUCAUCCUGCCGCUCUACGACCGCUACUUCGUGCCACUCGCGCGCCGGAUUACGGGCAACGAGCGCGGGAUCACGAUGCUCCAGCGCAUCGGGAUUGGGCAGGUCAUUUCCACCGUCUCCAUCGCCAUCGCUGCACUGGUGGAGAUGAAGCGCUUGCGAGUGGCCAGGCAACACGGGCUGUUAGAUCGCCCCCAGUUGACGGUCCCGAUGAGCGCAUUCUGGCUCUUGCCGCAGUACGCGCUCACGGGAGUUUGCGAGGUUUUCAUCUCCGUCGGCCAGAACGAGUUCUUCUAUGAUCAAGCCCCGGAUUCCAUGCGAAGCAUUGGAGCCGCGCUCUAUCUCAGCACCAUCUCCAUUGGGAGCUUCAUUAGCAGCUUGCUCGUGGAGAUGGUGGUCAAGUUUACAAGUACAAAAGGUGGCGGGGUUGACAGCAACUGGAUCAAUGACAAUCUCAACAGGGCUCACAUUGAUUACUUUUACUGGCUGCUCACCCUUCUCAGCAUCAUCAAUCUUGGAAUCUAUGUUCUGUGCGCCAGGUGGUAUACUUACAAGAAUGUGGGAGAUAUUGGAAUUGGAUCAUCAAUCGAUCCCGAUAUCACCAGCACUACCACCAUGGCUCUCGCAAGAGAAAGCUCAUUGGAAUCUCAGUAACAAGCGUGAAAAAACCAGAUAGUUCUUGUUAUAUCUUAUAAAUCACCUCUUUUUUCCAAA